GAGGAUCAGGAAUGACUCAGAGGCUUGUUUACAGGAAGGUGGAGGUAGAUGCUAUUGCAAGAAAAAAGAGAAGUUCGUGAAGGGGACUGUGAUAGAAAGAAAGCCACACUCUAGCCAAGAGAAGGGUUGUAUUUCCUUCCCUUAUUUCCCUGCAUUUCUCUUUUGUGCUCAUUGUCACAGUGACACAGCUAUCUGACUGUGGAGUCAGGUAUCUCUGCUGAUCUGAGCUCUGCAGCAGAAACCGCAUCUUCCUGAAGCUUCUCCAAGGUCCUUAGUGACCACUAUCCAUGGCAGGAUGAGCUUCCCAGUAGCCACACCCUGUGUGUCUGUCCAUCCUGCAAUGCAUCAUAGUCUUCUCCAUCUGCAAAGCGGAGACUAGAGGAAGGAGAACACAAUGACCCCCACCCUCAUGGCCCUGCUCUGCCUCGGACUGAGCGUGGGGCAAAGGACACGAGUGCAGGCAGGGACCCUUCCCAAACCCACCAUCUGGGCUGAGCCAGGCUCUGUGAUCCCCUGGGGAAGCCCUGUGACCAUCUGGUGUCAGGGGACUCUGAAGGCCCAGAAGUUCCGUGUGGAUAGAGAGGGAAGCACAGCACCCUGGUACAGUCAGAACCCACUGGAGCCCGGGGACAAGGCCAAGUUCCUCAUCACGCAAAUGACAGAGCUCAAUGCAGGGAGAUAUGGCUGUUACUACCUCAGCCCCACUGGCUGGUCAGAGCGCAGUGACCCCUUGGAGUUGGUGGUGACAGGCGUCUACAGCAAACCCUACCUCUUAGCCCUGCCGAGCCCUGUUAUGACCUCAGGAGGGAACAUGACCCUUCUGUGUGGCUCACAGGAGAAAUAUGGCAUGUUCAUUCUGACUAAGGAAGGACAAUACAGUCUCCCAUGGACCCUGGCCUCACAGCGACACUUCAGUGGGGAUUUCCAGGCCCUGUUCCCUGUGGGCCCCGUGACCCCAAGCCACAAGUGGAAGUUCAGAUGCUAUGGCUGUUACAGGAACACCACCGAGGUGUGGUCACACUCCAGUGAUGCCCUGGAAAUCUUGGUCUUAGCUGACACCAUCAGCCCAUCACAAAACAAGUCAGACCCCAAGAGUGCCUCCCAUCCCCAGGACUACACAGUGGGGAAUCUCAUCCGGAUGGGUGUGGCUGGCGUGAUCCUGGUGAUCCUCGGGGUGCUGCUGUUUCAGGCUCCACGUGGCCCGUUAAAGACCCACAAUGCAUCCAGGAGGUGACCACAGUAGGGAACAACACACCAUUCAGAGUGGUGCAGCCUUGGGGCUCAUCUGAUGAUCCAAGAGGUGUGUAAGAACAUUUGGACCAUACGUCAGGGAAUUGACCCGGGGAGGAGACGUGGUUGGGACAGGAAACAUGUGCAUGUCACUGUAGAGGACUCUUCCUCCAUUAAACGUGGUGCUGUCUCUUCCUGCCAUCGCUGACUCUCCUUGACUGACUGCCCUUCAGUUCUCAACCUGUGAUGUGAGGGUCCAUCCCACAUGGCAGGUUUGGAACCACAUCUAUACACACCCUCAUCCUGGACAGCUUUCAUAUAAACAGAAGCUGGUGUCUCCAUAACACUUUUAUCCAGCCAUGAAGAACAAAGCACUGAUACCUGCUACAAUGUGGAUGAACAUCGAAAACAUGCAGCUACGUGACAGAAGCCAGACAGAAACUAUCACAUUUUGUGUGAUUCCAUUUAUAGAAAUUAUCCAAAAAGAAAUCACUGAAACAGGAAGAAGACUCAGGGGCUCAAUGGGAGGACAAAAUGGAGAUUUACUACCUUGCGGUUUCCUCUGGGGUCAUGAAAACCUCUUGGAACUAAUAGAAGUGGUGGUGCAACAUCGUGAAUUUACAAAAUUCCAGUUCAUUGUAUACAUUAAAAGGGUUGACAUUAUGUUAUGUGGAUUUUACAUCAAUAAAAGAAAUGCAACUAAAAAGGACAUGACUCCCUAUAGAUCCCUAUACCUUA